CUCUCUCUCUCUCUCUUUCUCUCUCUCUAUAUUCCAUGAGUCUUCUCAAAUAAGAAACUUCAUACAAAUGGCAGAAAUAAUAAUAAUAAUAAAAGAAGCCUAUAAAAGCUGUUUUGUUUCAGAAGUUACACAGCAGGAUGAAGGGUGUUAAUUUAAAAAAAACUAUUCUAUUUUAUUCUAUUCUAUUCUUUACUACAUCUACAGCAGUAGCAUGCCAUCAAAUGUACAUUAUAUGAGAACAGGCAGGAGAAUUGCCUAUUGAACAUACAAUAAACUGCUUUUUUUUUGUGCUCCAAUCUCAGUGUCAGCUAAAUAAAUAUCCUCUGACCAAUAGCUGCCCUGAUAUAAUCCAUUAACCGUAGUCAAGGCGGGGCAUAUCAGUUUAUAAAACAGCCGGUGAAGUGUUUACUAAGUUCCCCGACCCUCCAAAGCUCAGCGUGCUGUGACUGUGACUGUGACCCGGCCCGGGCAGCUGACUGGACUCAGGACCAUGACGAGCUCAGAGAUACUGACCAUAGUCGUGCUCUUUACCGUCCUGUGCACCGGACAAACGUCCCAGGAACUCACAGAUGACACACAACUGUCCCAGCAGCAAAUGGAGAAUGAACUGGCUGAGGCUAUGACAGCACUUUUGGGAAGAUAUCAGCCUCAUUUACCAUCUUCAGAAAAACGUGGCAUUCCACAGUGUGCUGUGGGAUCCCGCUGCGCCAUGAGACUGGGUCCACGCAUCGGGAAAUUGUGUGAAUGUGUCAGAGGAUCUAACUGUAACUCAUUUCUCCUAAAAUGCAUCUGAGUCAUUAAAAAAGCAGAAAAUCCACCUAAAAUGCACCUAAAAGAGGCAGCGCAUGGAAAUGUAUUUUUCAGAAUCACUUGUGUAAUGUCUAUGACAAGCAUUCAUCAAAAACGCAGCAUGACAAGCAAUAGCAAAGCAUGGGGUUAAUGUGUUAAUUCAUUUAUAUUUGUAAUGGUUGUCUUGUGUAAUCAAUAAACAUGGUUAAU